AUGGUCAGAAACACUAGCAUGGAAUACGUUAAUAUCCCUCGUCGACCUCGUCCCAUCUCCAACAGCGAUAAGAAACUGCUGCAGUUGGUUCUUUUGAGUUUUGGUCUUCUGUGCAUCCUCCAAGCUACCAUCAAUGUUUCACUUCGAGUUUAUCUCCACUACUCUGAACCUGAGGAAAAUAUUACGGAACUAGAUGGAACGUGGAAGAAUGUCACAAAUCAGAAACGACCCAAUUUUGAUCGGUAUUUCCGAGAUGGCUGGCUGUAUUUCAACACAAGUCUCUAUUACAUUUCGACUGUGAAGAAAACCUGGGAGAGGAGUCGCAUGUUCUGCCGCCAGAGAGACGCAGACCUGAUUGUGAUCAACAGCCGAAAUGAGCAGGAAUUCACAAGGAAGUUCCAUCGCUACAUGUGGAUUGGACUCAAGAACUCAAGUGAAGGCUGGAUGUGGGUGGACGGAACACCUCUGACAACAAGCUUCUGGGGUCCCGGUGAACCGAACCAGGGAGCUAUGGAGGACUGUGCUGAAGUGAGGUUCUUUGAAGUGGACGAUACAUGGAACGACAGAAAAUGUGAUGACGAAAACGACUGGAUUUGUGAGAAAAAUAGCCUUUUGCCUCCUGUCGUGAGCAGUUUGAUGGGAACCCAGGAGGUGGACAGAGAUUGGGUUGAUGUGGCAAACGAGCUCCUCAGCAAAUGUCACUUGAGCCUGAGGCUGAGGAAACUGACCAACUGCGAUGCACAUGUUUUUGUUGCUCUCUAUGAGAGCAUUUUAGGAGAGAAGGUUCCAGAUUACAUAAUCGACCCUCGCUGUCAAGAGGAUGACAUUCAUAACGUUCAAUCGGUGAUCGACUCUUUGUCCUUGGAUUAUUUACAAAUCAGCCUCUCGCACAUCACAGGUGAAAAUGUUGUUAGAGGUCACAAAGAGUCAAUCGAAAAUCUAUUGGAAAUAUUUGAUGGUCUUUUGGAGUAUUUGAACGAGGACACAAGUGAAGAAUCACUAAACAGUGAGCCGAGUCCAAAUGAGGAGGUUCAGAGUGAGGAGAAGGAGCCUGAGGGAGCCUCUGUGUCCAGUGGAGAGUCGGAUGCCCAGAGCAGUAAUGGCUCCCAUCAGCCUAACGCUGAGGACGUGGUAACAAACGAUGAGAUCCAAGCCUCAGAGCCUCUGUCCCCGCCCAUUUGUCGCGCGGACUCUCCACAAUCUAACACCAUCCCCUCAGCUGUUCCCCUUCGACCGCCGAGUCAAAGCCACGGCCCUCACCCCAAGACCGCUGGCCUCCACACCACAGCUGCAGAAGCGGGGGCAGACCAAGCCCCUGUGCAGCUUCCAGAGACUGUACCUGGCAGUGAAUUGGACUCUCAAAUCAAUUCUGCUGCUUUAAGUGAAAGAUCUUCCUCUCGGCAAAACGGCAACAACAAAAACACCAAAACACUAGAGGUCACAAACGGAGGUCCGCAAAAAGUUUUAUUUCACACUCAGCCAGACGUUCUUUUCCUUACUUUACAAAAUGAGACCAGAUCCACAGACUCGUCGCCUUCGGACACAGAGGAGGAUUUGGACGCUGUCUACCAUCGAAAAAUGCACAACAGGCGCACUAGUCACAGAGACAGGGCAAGGCGAGGAGAGGAGGACGCCGAGCCCUUGUCAUCUCGCAGGCAAAGAAACAAGAAAAAUGAGGAGGAGCUUCACAAAAUUUCCGAGAACCUUUCCCAUCGUCUCGAAGAACUUGAUAUGAUGCUCAAGCGAGUCCUCUGUGAACCAGGGCAGUCGAGGGAGGACCAUCAUUCACCAGACGCUCCCAAGGAACAAGGCAGAAUGUCUCAUCAACGUUCAGACUCUGAGCCAGAGUGCAGUCACCCGGGCCGCUCCGCGUCUCCACGCCAACCUCCCCAAAGGACGACUGUGGAGGACGCGUUUUUCGUUGACGAUGGAAGACAAAGCAACGUUGUGCCGUCAGAUCCGUCGCAGCGCGGAAAACCGGCUCACAAGCUUUCCCAGCGGAAAUUGUGCAGGUACCUGUUGAACAAGAUGUACCAAGAGGAAUUGGAAAAGUGCGAAGACAAACAGACAGCGAGGCUCGACCGGGAGCGCCGCCGAGCUCUGGAAGCUGAGCGAGAGUACAGAGAGACCAUCCUGAAGGACGCUUCCAAAACUCACAAAUUCACUCCAGACAAACGGAAACCUCAGCAACGGUCUGCUCCAGCCUCAGGGCGACGGCCGCGGGACACGCCACGCAAAGAGCCAGACUUGAAAGUGAAGGACAAUGACCUUCUGCCGGUGCUCGCGGAGGAGCUGCCUCAUCUUCACGUUUCGUCUCGAGUUUUGAGGCAAAUGUGGGAGGAGCAGAUGCAGCAGGUGGACAGACUGCACGCCAUGUCGUCGCCACGGAAACAACGAUGCAACAAAGUCAGCCAGCAGUUGGAAGAGGCGCACAGAAAACACAACCUUUUGGUGGGGAUACAUCGUAAAGAUCAGGAGCACAGCAGGCGACUGAGGGAUUUUAAAGAGCGAAUCCAGCAACAGAAGUCGACCCAGAGCCAGCUUCGAGAGCAGAGGCAGCAGAUCGCACGGGCCAAGAAAUACCACAGCGACUUCCACGUCCAGCAUCGCGCUCGGCUGAUGAAGGCCCGCACCAAAGAGGAGCGGAUGUUCCGGCAGCUGUUUGAGGACGGCCUGUCUGUUCAGAAAGAUCGAUUACUGGAGCAGAGAGCCUUUGCCCGGGAGCAGCAGCAGGAGCAGCAACGACGGCAGGAAAACUUCAUCAAAUCCAUGGAAAACUACUACAAAGACCAGUUUUCAUUAAUGGCUGAAAAACUUGCACAAGAGAGACAAGAUAUCCAGGUUCGAAAAAAAGCUCAAGAAAAGGCCCUGCUGAAGAUGAAACGAGAGCUGCGCAGUCGGAUGGAGCGGGAAAUCAAAGAGCUGCAGAAGAUCAUAGUGGAGAACGAUGAAGACGAGCACUUUCAGGAUCUGGACGUGCAGAGACUUCGAAACCGCAUCCAUUUGGCGUCCUUCAACUACAGCACUAGUUACCUGCAAUAG